UGUUUCCACUAUCCCACUGAGAUUUCUCAUUUCCAUCCGGCUUUUUAAAAGGAUCUUGAAGGAAUCACCACUUCCUUUAAAGUAGCUGGCAGCCCCACCUCACACCUCCGUCCUCCCUUCCUGAGCUCCGCCAGUCCUGCUUUCUCGAAGAAGAAGCUACAGCUACCCCAUUAUCAUGGAUGACGGAUCUGCUUCUCAAAAAGAGUUUUUUAAUGACUCAUCAUCUUCUCUAAUGGCUUCUUCUCCUCGGUUCCAGUUUUCUGGUGCCUCUACCUGUGCUUCAUUUGCUUGCAUUUGAAGAAAUUUCUUACAGAUUUUUUUGGUUCUUCCUUCCCGAUAUCUUUGUUCAAGCAAUUAGCUUGCCGGCUCCUAAUUUUUAAAAUAUUGCUCUAACUCCAAGCUCUUAUUUUGCUCCUCAGUGAUCAUCAUCCAUUUCUGUUUCAAAGUUUUUCUUCCGUGUGCUUUAUGUUUUCUUCACAUUAGCUCAUGUAGAAAGUUCUCACCUUGCAGCCCCUUGCUACUCUACCUUGAAAUCCUUUUUCCUCCACCUUCAAUUGUGAAAAAGAAAAAAAAAGUACUUUCUCUUCAAGUUGUGUCAUUUAUUGAUAUAUUCUCUUGCUGCUUUCCUCUCCCUCUCAUUACUUUUCCCAAUGGCUGAAUCAUACUUUCCUCUUCGUUGGGAAAGCACUGGCGACCAGUGGUGGUACGCUUCCCCUAUUGAUUGGGCGGCAGCCAACGGCCAUUAUGAACUUGUCCGAGAGCUCCUUCAUCUUGACACCAAUCUUCUCAUUAAGCUAACCUCCCUUCGCCGGAUCCGGCGGCUUGAGACAGUAUGGGAUGACGAUGCCCAGUUCAUUGAUGCUGCUAAAUGCCGGUCUUUUGUAGCCCGGAAUCUCCUCCAUGAAUGUGAAACAAAGAACAAUAAGAACAGUCUGAUAAGAGCAGGCUAUGGAGGUUGGCUUCUAUAUACUGCUGCUUCUGCUGGGGACAUUGGUUUUGUUCAUGAGCUGCUUGAGAGAGACCCACUUCUUGUGUUUGGAGAGGGGGAGUAUGGUGUCACAGACAUACUCUAUGCAGCUGCAAGGGGAAAGAGCACUGAGGUGUUCAGGCUUAUCUUUACGAAUGCCGUGUCUCCGAGGGGUUUGGUUGAUGGUGCAGGAGAGGCUGAUGGCGGCGGGUCGAGGAGAGGGAGUGGGAAUGUUUCAGUUUUCAGGUGGGAGAUUGUGAACAGGGCUGUUCUUGCUGCGGCGAGGGGUGGAAACUUGGAGAUGUUGAAGGAACUUAUUGGGGAGUGCUCUGAUGUCUUGGCUUAUAGGGAUAGUCAAGGAUCUACCAUUUUACAUGCUGCAUCAGGAAGAGGGCAGGUCGAGGUAGUUAAUGACCUUAUCGCAGCCUAUAACAUCAUUGAAUCCAGAGACAAUCAAGGGAACACAUCACUACAUGUUGCUGCAUUUCGAGGGCAUCUACCAAUUGUUGAAGCCUUGCUAUCUGCAUCUCCAUCAUUAUCUUAUUUCAAAAACAAUUCUGGCGAUACUUUCCUACACAUGGCAAUAGCAGGCUUUAGAACUCCUGGUUUCCGAAGGCUAGAUCGUCAAAUGGAACUUAUGAAGCAUCUGAUCUAUGGCAACAUUAUUAACAUCCAGGCAAUCAUCAACAUUCAAAAUAAUGAUGGCAGAACCGCACUCCACGUUGCAGUGAUUGGCAACUUGCAGUGUAACCUCGUUGAGGUCCUUAUGACCAUCCCAUCGAUUAAACUGAACAUUCAAGACAUCGAUGGCAUGACACCACUUGAUCUGCUCUGCCGCCGUCCUCAUUCUGCAUCUUCAGAUAUACUUGUCAAACUGUUGGUCUCAGCUGGUGGGAUAUCUCAUUUAAAGGAUUUGAAGGCUAAAGCAGCGAUUGUUACUCAGGUGAAGAUGCAAUCUGGCAUUGGAAACAGCCCAGGUACCUCCUUCAGGAUCUCUGAUGGUGAAAUAUUCCUAUAUACUGGCAUUGAGGCAUCGGAAGCCAGUGGGAGGCCAAGCUCAAGCUCCAGUAUAGGAAAGAAUGAGCUCCAGCUGCCUCACUUUGAACCUAUUGAAGAGAAUAACGAGCAUUCAGAUAAAAAGAAAGCUUCAAGUUCUGUCAAUAGCGCAGCGAGGCGGCUCAAGAUACUGCUCAGAUGGCCUCGUCGCAAGGAGAAGAAAACUGAUGAUGAUUCCAUGACCUUACUGAAGAAAUGGAGCGAGCGCGAGGAAACACCGACACCUCUGCGUCAGAGAUUUUUGAAGCCGCAAUCAUCUCUUAUAAACAACAAGCGAACACUCGCAGUGAGGACCUCCAUGCCGAGCCCCACAACAAAGAAGAAAUUUGCUGCUGGGCUUAUGCACGGUGUAAUUCAGGCCAUGCCACACCUAGCUCCUUCACAAACACGGAUGCCAUUAAGCUCCUUAUCUAGUUCUCUUUUGUCAUCGCCGACGUUAGAGAAGCAGAAGGGUGUUUAUGAAGACGAUGAGGCAACCGGCGACACCGCCUGUUCAAAUUACACAGGGAGUUCAUCGCACAGAUCAAGUUUCAAGAAUGCAAAGCUCAUGAACCAGUACUUCUGCUUCGGAGCGCAGGGCUUGGCAUUGGAUGGCUCGUCAACCAAUCAACGGCAAAGUCGAUUGUUCAGAGGAUGUGUUCCUCCAGUAUCUUGAAAAAGGAAACUGAUGGCAUGGAAGAAAGCAGGUGAUAAUGCUCCUUUGAGUGCAUAUUAGUCUGUUUUUUUUAAACUUAGUAGCCUAUUAUAAGUUUGCUCCAUAUAGAGUAAUCUUUCAGAAUGAGUGUGUUUGUGGUAAGUUCUGUUUACAGUGGGAGUUAUGCUUCUAUCUUAACUAGUUCUAGCUUGUGAUAACCUUUUACUGUUUAUAGUAUGUAUUUUAUUUCUAGAAUCAGACUAAGGGUUCGUUUGGGAUGGCUUUCUUACUGUUUCUUAAAGUAGCUUUUUAGUAUAAAAUUUUUAAUUUUUGUACUAGAAAGCUGCUUUAAGAAACAAUGGAAAAGCCGUCCCAAACAAAGCCUAAGAGUGUGAUAUGAGGAAUGAUGUCUUGGUUUGUACUUUGUAUCAAAUUGGGAGUGUUGCAAGAAAUGCUUUUUGAAUAUGAAUCUAGAUUUUCACCUUUCAUUUCA